AUGGGGUCGUCUGACAACUUGGAUGGGGAUGAAGAUCAGAAGAUGAAGCCUGAAGCAGAUGGGGAGCAUUGCAACAGUUUGAUUAUGGAUUUACCAGUUACUGGCAUACCUGAAGCAGCUGCUUUCCCCUAUUUACAUCAAAGACUCUAUAUAGAUGAGUUCGAAUCUCCUCCCAACGAGUACUGCAAACAUGACCUUUUCCCUGAAUGGCAUUUGCCAGUGAAGACGGCACUGAUAUUAUCUUUGUUGACCUUUACCUACACUUUCCUAAGAGACGUCAUCCAUCCUCUUGUAACUGCUCAAGAAAAUGUCUUUUAUAAAAUCCCAGUCCUGGUUAUAAACAAAGUUUUGCCGGUCGUUUCAAUCACCCUUUUGGCUUUAGUUUAUUUGCCAGGGAUAUUGGCUGCUGGUUUUCAACUCCAUUAUGGAACCAAAUACAGGCGCUUUCCACAGUGGUUGGAUAGGUGGAUGUUAUCAAGAAAACAGUUUGGGCUUCUUGGCUUCUUUUUUGCCUCAAUGCAUGCAUGCUACAGUUUGUGCUAUCCAAUGAGGAGAUCUUAUCGAUACAAGCUUUUGAACUGGGCUUAUCAACAGGUAAAGCAAAAAAAGGAAAAUGCCUGGAUUGAGCAUGAUGUUUGGAGAAUGGAGAUUUAUGUGUCUUUAGGAAUUCUGGGACUUGCUGUCUUGGCAGUAUUGGCGGUUACAUCAAUUCCGUCAGUCAGUCAGUCACUGACUUGGAGAGAGUUUCACUAUAUUCAGAGCAAGAUGGGAUACUUAGCUCUCCUGCUGUGCACCGUUCACGCACUAGUGUUUGCAUGGAAUAAGUGGAUCGACAUAGGCCAGUUUUUGUGGUAUACUCCUCCAACGUUCAUGAUAGCCGUUCUUCUUCCCAUAGUGGUUUUGGCUUGCAAAAGUAUCCUCCUUUUCCCAUGCUUUAGGAAGAGGCUACAGAAGAUCAGAGCUGGCUGGGAUGUUAACACCGUGUCAAGAAGGGCACUGAUGAAUUCCAGAUUAUAGAUGAAUUGUGUCUGUAUUUUGCUGCCAACUUUUUUCAGCCCCUAAGCAUGUAAAGAUCAUA